AUGGAAGUUCUUUACAAAGAUGAUGGUCUUAUUAUCUCUCAAAGGAAAUUUGUUCUUGACAUGUUAAAGAGUUACAAGGUUGCAAGCAUUAGCAGUUGUACAUCCCCACUUGACCCUACAGUAAAGCUCUAUGCCAAGGAAGGAGAUCCUUUGUCAGAACCAUUGUUUUAUAGAAAGCUUAUUGGGAAGCUAAAUUUCUUGACUAACACUAGGAUGGACAUAUCAUACAGUGUACAACAUCUCAGCCAAUUUAUGCAGGACCCUAGAGAACCACAUUUACAAGCAGCUUUUCAUAUACUAAGGUAUCUCAAGGCUGAUCCCACUCCAAAAAUUUUCAUGUCCAAGGAACAAUCAAAUGAUGUCAAAGCUUAUUGUGACUCUGACUGGGCUGCCUACCCUGACACCAAGAAGUCAGUAAGUGGUUAUAUUGUUUUGUUAGGCAACAGUCCACUCAGCUAG